UCAGGCCAGUGACUCAGUGGGAGGCUCGCUCCUCCCCUCGACGACGCCGCUCGCGCCGCCGCAUCCGUUCGGUCCUCGGCACGGAGGAGCUGCCCCGCGCGCGCUGCCCAUGCUUGUGCGGCGUGGGGCCCCUCCCUGCGCUCCGAGGGCUCCGUCCGAUGGGCUCUGCGGAGGCGGCGGCUCUCCGGCGGCGCGAUGCUGCAUCCCCCUCAGCCGGGCAUGCUUCCUGCGGCCAACCAAGGAGAGUAGCGGAGGGGCUCUCAGUUACCAGAUGAAAAACUGCGGAUUGAGGCCAGCCUUUGCUUUGGAAACUGGUGGGCCAUCUAACACUGAUGGCCAAGAUUUUGAUGAGGACAGUGGCUUCCUUGGUAGGACAAGGCUGGGCAGACUCAUCCUAGCCGCUGGAAGGGAGCUACUUGAAAAGCUGAACUCUGCCAGGACCAACUCCCCCACAAAGAUAUUCCUCGUCCUCCUUGGCUUCUACACUGCCAACGCCUUGGCAACAAUACUAGGGCAGACUGGCGACUGGGAUGUUCUUGUUGCUGGUGUUAUAGUGGCUGCCAUUGAGGGAAUUGGCAUGCUUAUGUACAGAAAACCAAUCGCCAGGCCUCCUGGGAGGCUUCAGAAAUUGGUUUCAAUGGUGAACUACUGGAAAGCCGGCGUAUGUCUGGGCCUUUUCGUGGACGCCUUCAAGCUGGGUAGCUGAGUUUACGCUAUCAUCUUCUACUAUGUGCCUACAAGUAAUGUUGGUGGUAUACUGGUAUCAUGGUAACACCAUGAUAUGGUUCCGCAGUAGCCAUUGCCCAUUGCUCAAAUUUUAGUAUUGUUACAUUUGGCUCAAAUUCUGGAAGAGAUGGCUGCUGUUGAAGCGAUUUGAUUUCUUCAAAGCUGAUCGAGAUGUUUGGAGCAGAUAUUAUUCUUUUAUAUAAGUGCUGCAAGCUGUUCAGCAUUGUUUGGCCUGUAAAGUGUAUAUAUGCUGUAGUUCUUGACUUCCAUGUCAUUGAACCCUAAUCUAAUAUGCAUUUGUGCUUUUUUGGAGAAAAAUAAGAAGGCUGAUGAAUUUCUUCCGCAGACAUAUCGUACUUACCUUGUAAUAGUUUGUGCAUGUCAGUGUUGUGAUGAAUUUGAUACUUCAUUAAGUAAGCUGUAGCUAAGAGUAUUUACGCUUUCUACUCGUUUUAAUUGUGGAAGAGGCGAAGAGCUCAAGUCAUUAUACUAUGAUUGUGUGUAGUUGUUUUAACUUGUCAUUGAGAGAUGUUGCUUAAUGAUCAAAUAGUUUAAAUCACUUGAAUCAUUGAGUUGUAAACUUGUAACGGUGUUAUGCAAAUGGGUUGUAUUGAAGCAUUUUCCUUCUCAUUAAUUUUGUAAA